AUGUCAUCCUUUUCCGAGUCGCUACUCAUUGGAUUUGUUAUGAUCCAGUUUUGUCCUGGCGUAACUGUUUCUUUUGGUCUGGUCGUUAUCAUCACCUUUGAGGGUCAGUCAUUACUACUUCUUCUGGGUUCGAGAUUAUCAGGUGUUCACCUUGUUUGUGGAUCCAAUCGUUAUUGGUAUCCUGAGGAAUACUUCAUCAAGCUCCUGCCGCCGUAUCAGACACGCUCAUGUCUCCCUCCUUCUCCGAUCGCACACGCGAUCUCCCUCCACCUCUAUCCUAGCGGCGAUCGCGAUCGUUCUUCUAGCUCCCUCCGCUCUCCGCCUCUCUCCGUCACGCACUCCCUCUGUCGCUCCUCUCUCCGGUCAGCAUUAUCAUCUUCCUUUCCUCUUCAUCUUCUUCAAGAGCUUCAAGAGGUCAUUUGUUAUAAUAUUACAUUUACUGCUUCCUAG